UGCUGCCGCAGUCCCUCCGCCACUAGUCGGAGCGAGCGGCAGCGAGGGGACCCCGGCCGCUCCUCCAGCGCUUGCCGCCGCUCCCACCCACGAUCUCAGCCCAGCGGCUGGGAAACGCCCCCCGCAGACUGCGCUGCGCAACGUGGGAGGGUUAGCGGUCCCGGGGACCGGCUUCCGAACUUGCCAGGGGACCGCAGCUCUCCCGGGCCUGGAGAGUGUGAACAGUAUUGCAGAUUUACCAUGAUAUGGUGAAUCCCAGGGCUGGAACCACAAAGAUCUUCUCAGCUCUUUAGUUUGAACCACAGUGAAUUGUCUACCAGCACCCAGCAUGGCUAAAAGUGCAGAGGUCAAACUGGCAAUAUUUGGGAGAGCAGGCGUGGGCAAGUCAGCUCUUGUAGUGAGAUUUUUGACCAAACGGUUCAUCUGGGAAUAUGAUCCCACCCUCGAAUCAACCUACCGACACCAAGCAACCAUUGAUGAUGAAGUUGUCACCAUGGAGAUACUAGAUACUGCUGGGCAGGAAGACACCAUUCAGAGGGAAGGACACAUGCGAUGGGGGGAAGGCUUUGUGCUGGUCUAUGACAUCACUGACAGAGGAAGUUUUGAGGAAGUGCUGCCACUUAAGAACAUCCUGGAUGAGAUCAAAAAGCCCAAGAACGUGACUCUCAUCUUGGUUGGAAACAAAGCUGACUUGGACCACUCCAGACAGGUCAGUACAGAAGAAGGGGAGAAGCUGGCCACAGAACUGGCAUGUGCUUUUUAUGAGUGUUCUGCCUGCACUGGAGAAGGGAACAUCACCGAGAUAUUCUACGAGCUGUGUCGAGAGGUACGUCGCCGGAGGAUGGUCCAGGGCAAGACGAGGCGACGCAGCUCCACCACGCACGUCAAGCAAGCCAUUAAUAAGAUGCUCACCAAAAUCAGCAGUUAGGCAACUUCAUCCUUGGGAAGACCCUGCUCAGGUGGGUUUGGGUAAUUGGAAACAUUUUCUUGCCCUUUUUCUUCCUCCAAAGAAAAGAAGAUACUAUAUUCCUUGUUCUGACUCUGGGAAAAGUUUGGGCUUCCCACUGGUCCCAGCCUUCCGCAUGUUGGGACGUUGCAGAGUGUUUUAAUGCAAUUUCAGUGUUGACAAUCUCUCUUUUGCCUGCUUGAAUAAAACAUGCUCUAUUGCAGUUUGAACAUGUAAUCACCAGAUUCUAAAAUGGCUGGGUUCGUAUUAAGCUAUUUUUAGGCAUCUUCACCUUGCUUCCAUAGGUUGAAGUCUUUUCAAAAGCAUUUUAAAUUCUAUUCCUUGUCAAAACCUACAAAUGAUCAUCCUAAAAAUCUAAGAUAACAGAAAAUACAGGGCUUCCCAGGUGGCGCUAGUGGUAAAGAACCUGCCUGCCAAUGCAAGAGACACGUUGGUUCUAUCCCUGGAUCAGGAAGAUCCCCUAGAGGAGGGCAUGGCAACCCUCCAAUAUUCUUGCCUAAUAGAAUCCCAUGGGCAGAGGAGCCGGGUGGGCUACAGUCCAUAGGGUCACAAAGAGUCGGAUACGAUUGAAGCGACUUAGCAUGCAUGCACGCAAUAGAAAACACAAUGAAAACACAGUAAGAGUAGCUGAGACAUUUUACUGAAGAAUAGAGCCUUAGUUUCUAUUUGAAGUGAGGCUUUUCUGAAUGAUCUUAAACCAUCUAGUUUUUCUUUAACCUUUGUUCUGUUCUUAAAUUCAAACAUGCACUCACGAAGUUUUCCAUUAUCACAGAGAGUUUCAUUUCAACUUGAGUUGACUGUCUCCUUGAUCUGUUUAUUGAUCAUUGCAUCCUAAUUAUUCUCCUGUGAUUCCAACAAGACUUAACUAUAACAGAGACAGCAGGAGCCCUCAUUUCAAAUCUGCCAGGCCAUUUCUCAUCAAGCCCAGGGUGAAAUAAAGACAAAAGGAAUUUUUUCACCAAACCCUGACUUUAUUGAAUGCUAAUAGAGGAUUUAGAAUUGGAAGUUUAUUCAUUUACAUUUCUUUCUAUGUUUAUCAUCUUAGCAGAAAGACAACAUUCAAAUAAACAGGGGAAUUAAAAAUGAAGCUUAACUACUCUUCUGUUGAGGAGCCCAGGUUCUGUGCCAGGCACAGUAAGAAGAAUUAGCCUCUGAUUCAUUUAAACUGGCUACAUGGCUUCUAAUAUAUUGGAUAAAUUAAUUCACUUAGAAUUCAGAAAAGAGUGAGUGGUUAGAGUUCACUAUGCCUGAAUAAAUGUGUAUAAAACAGAUUCUUAUAUUGUGAAACAGUCUAUAACUGAUAAAGCUUUAUGAUUCUUUUUUCCCCUAUUAUGCCCCCAUAUAUUAAGAUUUGGGCACUUUAUUUUAGAAGAAAAUAUAUAUCUUUUACAUAUGUGUGUAUUUAUAAAUGCAUAGAUAUAUGUAUAAAACUUUGUAAGAGUUGGAGGCUUUAAUUCACCAAUGCAUUUGGACAACUCGGUGUAAUUGACUAUUUUAUGUGAAUAUAAUAAAAAGCGUAAUUUUCACAUUCUGUCACAUUCAGGCAGUCUUUCUUGUGGUAACAUGAGAAGUUUGCCAUUUUAGGAGAGAUUUUGGAAGACUAUUGGAUUGCAGAGUUGAUGACUUAUUGAAUGUGAUGCAAAGAAAUAAGCACCUGUUCAUAAUAAUAGCUACUAUUUUUAGAGUCCUUACCUGCUAUUGUAGGCCCUUCAUGUCUUAUCUCAUCAUAUUCUCACAAUACCCCUAUGCAGGAGAUAGUAUUAUGGUCACAGUUGUAAGGAUGAAGAUACUGAGCCAAAAGGGAAAACAAGUUUGCACAGCUAUUUAGUGGGUAAAGCCAGGAUUUGAACUCAGAGAGGCAAAGUCAGACUGUAAGCCUAUACUGUGAUCCACCAUACUGUCUUAGUAGACUUAUUCUUGAGUCAUCGGUAUGAAGAAACAGAAAGGAGAAAAUUUAGGGAAGACUUGUUUUAUUCAUGGAGCUUCCCUGGUGGCUCAGUGGUAAAUAAUCCACCUGCCAAUGCAAGAGAGAGGGUUCCAUUCCUGGGUCAGGAAAUCUGCUGGAGAAGGAAAUGGCAACCCACUCCAGUAUACUUGCCUGAGAAAUCCCAUGGAGAGAGGAGCCUGGCAGGCUACAGUCCAUGGGAUCACAAAAGAGUCAGACACAACUUAACAACUAAACAACAACAACAACUGUUUCAGUUAUGCUUUCAUUGUUCAUGAACAAAUAUUUACAGAUAAACUGGGCAUGUAACUUGACACAUUAGUCCAUCUGAUGGUUUCUGAGCUGAACCUUGAAGAAUACAGUUAACCUUUGAACAGUGGAGGGGGUUAGGGGUGCCAACUCUUCACACAGUUAAAAACCCAUGUGUAACUUUUGACUUCUCCAGAACAUAACUACUAAUAGCCUACUGUUGACCGGAAGCCUUACCAAUAAUAUAAACUGUCGACUGACACAUAUUUUGUAUGCUUUAUGUCUUAUAUAUUGUAUUCUUACAUAAAUUAAGCUAGAGAAAAUGUUAUUAAGAAAAUCAUAAGGAAGAGAAACCAUAGUUACAACACGGAGUCACAAAGAGUCAGACACGACUGAGCAACUGAACACAUAUACAUGCACUGUGUUUAUCAGUACUAUAAGUUUAUGUCAUCUGUUCAUAAAAUGCAUCAUCUAUCAGUACAUAUAGAAAUAUAGUCUUAUGUGUUACGAAGCACUGUAGAUGUUAUAUGUAUUAUAUUUGAUGUCAACAAUGGAAAAAUCUGUGACAAAGAAAUUAAUAUUUAUUUCAUGCAUUGAUAAUGAAGAAGCAGCAAUAUGAUUCCUUUAUAGUAGCCUAGUGUAAUCAAUAUGAUUGCUUCAUGUUGGCCUAGCCUAUACACAAUGAAUGACUCCAUUAUAAAAUUUGUAUGGUAUACAGUAUUACAGUCAAAUUCAUAACACAGUAUUGGAAAAUUUACAUUUUUCAAAAACCUCUUACCCAUGACAAUAAACUGAUACAUAGUUUCCUUAAUUUUGGAAGAGUGGUAUACUGUACUGUAAUAUGAUUCUUUUAAAACAAAGUUAUAAAUGGCAAGAAAACUAACACAUUAUUAAUUUUAUAGUAAAUAUCACUCACCUUAUACCUAUAUGAUCUCCAUAUCUACAUAUUUUAGUGUAUUCAUGACAUAUCUUUUUUCUUAAUUAUUUCUAUAUUUCUAGGCUAUGUCUUUUAUCUGCAAGUUUUUUCAAAUUGUCACAAACCUCCAAAAAGCUUUCCAAUGUAUCUGUUAAAAAAAAAAAAAUCCACACAUAUGUGGACCCUUGCAGUUUAACCCUAUGUUGUGCAAGGGUCACCUGUACAUACAAGUUAUCUAGGAAAGAAAGAUGGUAAAAGUAUCUAAUCAAAAGGAAUAGCACGGAACCAAAAUAUGGAGACAUGAAAGGUAAUGGUAAUGUAGUAAUUACGAGUUUAGAGAGCCACAUAUAUCAUUCUUCAAGAGGGAAAAAGGAAGGUGAGGAGAGAGAAGGGAUUAUGAGAAAGAAAAAAAGAUAAGGGAUUCAGAAGUAAAGAAAACAUGUCACAUCUAUUCAUAAAACUACAGGUUUAGAUAACUACAUGUUAAAGGACCAAGUAGGUAACUUAGCUGUGAUUCAUUUUCAGUAAUGUCCAUUUAGACAGGGCAGGGAAAAUGAAAGCAGAGAAAAUUUGUUUUUAAAAUGGCAUCUUCUAGAAAUACAAUCUCUUUCAUUCUCUCGUGCUAUACUUGGGGAUGAAACUCAGCCAGUGCCCAUUAAGAAUAUGCUGCUAAGGAGGCCUACUGUAUGUAAUAUCUCGAUGCUCUCUUAGGUCAAACACUAACGAAGUGAACUUUACAGUCCCUAUACCAGCGUCUUCCUUAGCCAGAUGUAUACAUAUCCAGACCUGUUAAAACAUAGAACUACUGGCAGAAGUCCCAACUGGUAAUUACAGAAGAACUUGAGAUUGCACAAAUAUAAAUUAGUUAUUCCUCUCAUGCCUCAGGCUUCUCCACAAAAGAUUAUAAACACAUUGGUUCUUUUACACAGUAUUUUCAUGACAGAAACCUGUGUGUUCUUGAACAAUAAUGAUGGGUUGUUAUUACCACACUACCACUACCGAUAUUUGCUUUCUUGUAAUUGUUUUUCUUUCAACAGUCAAAAGACUUUUUUCCGUAUAUUGUGUUUGUACUCAUAUGCCUCACAGCACUGAGAGAAGGCAGGAUCUUUCUUUUAAGUAAUACGUGUGGUACAUAAACAUAGAUAAAUACAACAUCUUGCAUUCUAAGUGUGGUAACAAUCAAGCUUUCUUAUUAAAACAGCCUCUGUCCACUUUGAGGAUAAGAAAAGUAGUCAGUUCAUUUGGCCAAAUGUAAUCAAAGUAAAGUUGAAUUAAGGGUAAAGUUGUUGAGCUAAUCACUUAUUGGGAGAGUCUGAGAAGAAAAAGGACAAAUAAUUUUUUUUUCUCCAUAGGUUUGGCAUGUUACAUUUAGUGAAAUCUGUAUUCCCAUAUAUAUGGGUCUGUUUGAAGACUGUUCUGUUUCAUUGGUCUGUUUGUUCAUUCUCUAGAACCAUGGUAUGUUAAAAUUGUAGCCCAGUAAUAUGUAAUAAUUACUCCUAUUAUAACAUGAUUUUUUUUUUCAGAGAACAUUUUCUCUUUAUUUUCAUGUAAAAUUUUGUGUUCACCCUGAAUUAUGUACAAUAAGAGUGGUAAGCUUGCUUCUUUGUGACUGGAGUAGUGAUACGCCCGGAGGUGAUCAAAAUUAAGAAUAAAUUUUUUUAUUUGGGCAUUACUGUA